UUUACGUUUUCUGGUUUUCUGUAAAGAUAAUUAGGAUUCAAUCCCAUAUUACAUCAUUUUGAGGGGAACCACUUACACGAAAGAUAAGAGAGACAAACGACAGAAGUGAAGACAACUCACUUGUGCGUCAGCACGAUGACGGAACCGCGACUGGAGCUGGAGAGCGUACGCACAGCCACUUUUGCAGUGUGGCCUCUAAAUGCCCCCGUCAGUAUAGAGGAUUUGGCAACGAAUGGUUUCUUUGCCACGGGGAAUUGGCUGGAGGCUGAGUGCAACUGGUGUCACGUGCGCAUCGACAGAUGGGAGUACGGGGACCAAGUGGCCGAAAGACAUCGACGCUCCUCCCCCAUUUGCUCCAUGGUGCUGGCCCCCAAUCACUGCGGCAAUGUGACGCUGAGCCAGGAGAACGACAACGAAGGCAACAGCAUGGUGGAUGGUGGCAACACCUCCCCCUGUGCCUGUCCCGAUAUGCUCAUCGAAGCGAAUCGAUUGGAGACAUUCAAGGACUGGCCAAAUCCCAACGUUACGCCUCAGGCGCUGGCCAAGGCUGGUUUCUACUAUCUAAACAUCUUGGAUCACGUCAAGUGCGUGUGGUGCAACGGCGUCAUAGCCAAGUGGGAGAAGAACGACAACGCCUUCGAGGAGCAUCGACGCUUCUUCCCCAACUGUCCGCGUGUCCAGAUGGGACCGCUCAUCGAAUUUGCCGCUGGCAAGAACCUGGAGGAGCUGGGUAUUCAGCCCACAACCCAGCCACAGCGUCCAAAGUACGCCUGCGUCGAUGCGCGACUGCGCACGUUCAGCGACUGGCCCAUUGGCAACAUUCAGCCGCCCGUGCCACUGGCCCAGGCAGGCCUCUACUAUCAGAAGAUCGGCGAUCAGGUGCGCUGUUUCCACUGCAACAUUGGUCUGCGCUCCUGGCAGAAGGAGGACGAGCCCUGGCACGAGCACGCCAAGUGGUCGCCCAAAUGCCAAUUUGUGCUGCUGGCCAAGGGACCAACGUUUGUCAACGAGGUGCGCGAGACAAUGGCGGCAUCGUCGGGUUCCCAGAUAGCAACGGCUCCGGCACCCCAGCUGGAUGCCCUAAUGGACGAGGGACCGGCCAAGGAGGCCCUCGCGCUGGGCAUAGACGGAGGAGUGGUGCGAAACACCAUUCAACGCAAGCUCUCCAGCUCGGGCUGUGCUUUCGAAACACUCGACGAGCUGCUGCACGCCAUCUUCGACGAGGCGGGCAGUGAGGCAGCGCUAGAGGUGCGCGAACCAACAGAGCCGACUGCACCGCCGCUAGACUGCUGUCAGGCCACCACCAGCAAAGCGGCAGCAGCAGCAGCCACCGAUCUCGUUCAGCUCAAGCCACAGUCGCAGCCGCAGCUGGCAGCCAUGCCCGAGAAGAGCUUACUGGAGCAGAUGCAAAGCAUGUCCCUGGCAUCGGCAAAUGGCAACAUUUCGCUCGAGGAGGAGAACCGUCAGCUGAAGGACGCCCGCUUGUGUAAAGUGUGCUUGGAUGAGGAGGUGGGCGUGGUGUUUCUGCCCUGCGGUCACUUGGCAACGUGCAAUCAGUGUGCGCCCAGCGUCUCCAACUGUCCCAUGUGCCGGGCGGACAUCAAGGGAUUUGUGCGCACAUUUCUAUCGUAGAGGAGCAGAAAGCUGAUACAUAAAUAUUAGAUAAUAACUAAGGGUAGUCCUUCCGUGUGCGUGUGUGAGAUAUUUUCCGAAAUUUCUUAAAUAACUCUCAACUCUGUUCCACCUGUGCACCCUUCACAGUCCACACACACACUUAGAUCCUAAUCUUACUUAUGAAGAGCAAACAACACACAUCACAAAGAACUAUAAGCAAUUUCCUAUCACUAGCAGUGAAGGGUGCAAGGCAAGGCGCUACUUUCAUCACCGUAUCUUUAUUUUGUUAUCGUACUUCUACUAACAAGUGUGUUUUUUUGUUGAUACUGUUUAUAAGCCGCUGAUUUGUGUAUGAAAUCGAUAUUCAAUUACGAAUUAUAAAUAUAUAUGUAAAUGUU